ACUUUCUCUCAGAUCUGUCCUCCUUUUUCCUCUCUUUCAUCCUGAAACAAUCGCUGCAUUUCUCUCUCUCUCUCUCUUUGCCCCGCUGUCUCUGUAUCUUUUGUUUUCCUGGCUCGCUUUCACACUUUCUCUUUCCAAAGUAAGAAGAUAACUUUCUGUUUGUGUGUCACUGCGCACUGUAAUUAUCUCUCUUUUUCUGACACCACUAACUAAAUCUCCACCGGAUUGACACCGUACACGCUGGAUUUGUCUUUGAGCUUUUGCUGGAGGUGCAUUUUUUUCUCACCACACCAGGGACUUCACUGAGUGAAAUAAGCAACUAUCGCGCAGGAGAGGAUUCGGGGUUGACUCUUCCACGGCAACACUGUAACUAUGGAGUGCAGGCAUGGGGCAGAAAUUGGGCAAAAGCAAACAGUGUGUUGACAUCAGACAGGGGCUGCUGAGGAGUAAUUCAGAAGAGGAGGAGGGGAGUACCUUAACAUCUCUGGGGUCUUUCUUGACUCCUCCAACUGCAGAUAACAGGGACAUAUUAAGAAGACAAGACUUAACAAAGCAGAAACUCCUAAAAGGAUUGGAUUUCUUUCAUUUUCUCCCUUGAUGUGUUUUCUGCAGCCUCUCCAGACUCUACACAGAGUGUCAACAGACCAGAAAAUUGGCCUUUUUUUGUGGAUCUCUGAAUUAGCUACUUUGGAAAUAACAGUUGGCGAACAAUACUGUUCACAAAAGAUUCAGACAAAGAUUUCUACCUCAGAGACUGAGUGUGUGUGUAUUUGUGUUUGAGUGUUUGGACUACAUGAGUGUGUUCCUGAAGUUGUGUCUGGACUGUGGUGUGUGCUUGUUUAUUUAUGCAACUUCUGCACACGAGAAGUUCACUGUGCGUGAUGCGUGGUUGUGAGACCACAAGCUGUCUAUCUGUCCUUGGUGCGGACAGACAGAGGGAGGGACAGACAUGUGUUUCCAUGGCGAUGAGCGGCUGUAGCCCUUUUCCCAUGUGCUGGGACAGAGAAUAUGACAGACACCUAGCAUCAGCAGUGUCAGCAGGGAAAACCAUGGCGACGGCCUACCUGGACCCCAACCUGAACCAUGCCAUCCUGGAAGGAGCCAAAUCAAGGCUGAGUGCCGGGGGGUCGGACCGAACCAUGGCUGGAUCCGUGGACAGGGUUCUUAAAGUCUUCCAUCACUUUGAAACCAACACUGAACACAGCUGCUGGUCCUCCAACAUCAGAUAUGGGGAUGCAACAGAUGUCAGGGGAAUAAUCCAGAAGAUUUUGGAUAUCCACAAAGUGCGCUGGACUUCUUGUUUUGGUCUCCGUCUUACCAACAGCCAAUCCAGAGAACAAGUGCACUGGCUCCACCCUGAUAUGGGCGUUUCACACGUCAGAGAGAAUUACGGACAGGCACGACCAAACGAGGAGUGGAGGUAUGAGUUAAGGAUCCGCUAUCUUCCAAAGGGUUUCAUACAACAGUUUACAGAAGACAAACCCACGCUCAACUACUUCUACCACCAGGUGAAGAAUGACUACAUGAUGGAGAUCGGGGAUCAAGUAGAACAAGAUGUAGCUCUCAAACUGGGCUGUCUAGAAAUCAGGAGGUUCUUCAAAGAGAUGAGAGGAAACGCCCUGGACAAGAAAUCCAACUAUGAGUUACUGGAGAAGGAUGUGGGUUUGAGGCGUUUUUUCCCAAAAGACCUGCUAGAUUCCGUCAAGGCCAAGACACUUCGUAAAUUGAUCCAGCAGACGUUUAAGCAGGUAGCGAAUCUCAAUGACGAGCAGUGCAUCCUCAAGUUCCUGGAGAUCCUUGCACCAAUCUACCGCUACGACAAGGAGUGCUUCAAAUGUGCCCUGGGGUCCAGCUGGGUGAUCCAGGUGGAGUUAGCUAUUGGACCAGAGGAGGGGAUCAGCUACCUCACUGACAAGGGAUCCACACCCACCCAUCUAGCUAAUUUCACUCAAGUUCAGUCCAUCCAGUACUCGGCUAUGGAGGAGAAGGACAGGAAGGGGAUGCUACAGCUCAAUGUAGCCGGAGCUGCUGAGCCUCUCACAGUUACAACAGCAUCACUGAACAUGGCAGAGAACUUGGCUGACUUAAUUGACGGCUACUGUCGGCUCAUCACCAUGGAAACAAAUUCCUUCAUCGUCAGAGUACAGAAAGAGGGAGAGAGAGCGCUGCCUUCCAUCCCAAAAGUUUCCAAUAAUGAGAAAAAGUUGGAAGCAGUCAGGAGUGGAGUAAGAGCCAUCUCAGUUUCAGAACUUGUGACACCGACACCUCCUAAGCCAACCAAGGCGCGGCGUUUCCUCCUCCCCUUUGCCUUCUGUUCAGAUUCACCGCCCAAUGAGACUGAUGACUAUGCUGAAAUAGUGGAUGAAGAGGACACGUACACUAUGCCCUCAAUCAGCUAUGGAGUAGUUGAAGCCCGGGAUUAUGAGAUCCAGAGGGACAGGAUCGAGCUGGGCCGCUGCAUAGGAGAGGGCCAGUUUGGAGAUGUGCACCAAGGGGUUUAUAAUAGCCCGGACAAACCAUCUCUACCUGUCGCCAUUAAGACGUGUAAGAACUGUACGUCAGACAGCGUCAGAGAGAAGUUCCUGCAAGAAGCAUUGACAAUGCGACAGUUUGACCACCCUAACAUUGUGAAACUGAUAGGCGUGAUCACAGAGAACCCCGUGUGGAUCAUCAUGGAGCUCUGUACACUUGGAGAACUGCGUUCGUUCCUCCAGGUGAGGAAGUACAGUUUGGAUUUGGCCUCUCUCAUUCUGUUUGCCUACCAGCUCAGCACAGCGCUGGCAUACCUUGAGAGUAAACGCUUUGUACACAGGGACAUAGCAGCUCGGAAUGUGCUGGUCUCAACUGUGGACUGUGUGAUGCUCGGGGAUUUUGGUCUGUCACGAUACAUGGAGGACAGCUCGUACUACAAAGCUUCUAAAGGAAAACUUCCCAUCAAAUGGAUGGCGCCUGAAUCCAUCAACUUCAGAAGAUUCACCUCUGCCAGUGAUGUGUGGAUGUUCGGAGUGUGUAUGUGGGAGAUCUUGAUGUAUGGCAUCAAGCCUUUCCAGGGGGUGAAAAACAACGAUGUGAUAGGCAGGAUAGAGAACGGCGAGCGUUUGGCUAUGCCCCCUCAGUGUCCGCCCACCCUCUAUAGUUUGAUGACCAAAUGUUGGUCAUAUGACCCGAGCAAGCGGCCGCGAUUCACCGAGCUCAAAACACAACUCAACACCAUACUGGAGGAAGAGAAGCUUCAACAAGAGGAGAGACUUCGAAUGGAGAUGAGGAGACAAGUCACCGUGUCCUGGGAUUCUGGAGGCUCUGAUGAAGCACCACCCAAACCCAGUAGACCAGGAUACCCCAGUCCUCGCUCCAGUGAAGGCUUCUUCCCCAGCCCCCAACUCAAUCACUUCUCGUCAACAGUCCAUGGUGGUGUGGGAGGAGUAGGAGGCAGCUACCCUCCUUCUGAUUCCUGGAGCCAGCACAGACCUGAACACACAGCCCUGUGGAGCCCUAGCAUGGAGGAGAGCGGGUGUGUUGGCCAUGCUAUGAUGGAGGAAAGACUGAUCAUGCAGCAACAGCAGAUGGAGGACGACCAGCGGUGGCUGGAGCAGGAGGAGAGCUUCAUGAAGGCAGAGUCCAGAAACAGCAGAGGAAGCAUCGACAGAGAGGACGGCACACUACAAGCACCGGGAGGAAGCCAACACAUCUACCAGCCUGUAGGGAAACCAGAACAUGUGGUGCCUCCGAAGAAGCCUCCUCGCCCCGGUGCUCCUGGUCACCUUGGCAACCUGGCCAGCCUCUGUCCCAUUGACAGCUACAAUGAAGGGGUUAAGCUGCAGCCUCAGGAGAUCAGCCCGCCACCCACCGCCAACCUGGAUCGUUCUAAUGACAAAGUCUACGAGAACGUGACGGGGUUGGUCAAAGCUGUGAUUGAAAUGUCCAAUAGGAUUCAGCCUGCGGCCCCUGAGGAGUACGUCCCAAUGGUCAAGGAGGUUGGUCUGGCACUGAGGACUCUGCUCGCAACAGUGGAUGAGACACUUCCUGUGCUGCCUGCCAGCACACACAGAGAGAUUGAGAUGGCCCAGAAGUUGCUGAAUUCAGAUCUGGCUGAAUUAAUAUCAAAGAUGAAACUGGCUCAGCAGUACGUCAUGACAAGUUUACAAAAGGACUACAAGAAACAGAUGCUAAUGGCAGCUCACGCCCUCGCAGUCGACGCCAAGAACUUACUGGACGUCAUUGACCAAUCACGGCUCAAGAUGAUCACCCAGCCCCGCCUACAUUAGUUUCUGUGGCUUGGGACUCAGAGUGCAGUGCUUUUAUCAAGUAACAAGCAGAGAGGACGUUUGGUUGGAUUAUCACAGAUGGACAGAUGAUGAAGUGAAUUUAUGGAGAGCAAACGUGACUGAAACAAUCAGCUCUCUCUUCUCCCUCAAACACUCAUCGUUUCUUUUUUCUCUCUGCCAUCGGUCAUGUCAGUCAAUUGUGCAUUUGUUUGUUUUGUACUUUUGUUACAUUAUCUGCUUUUGUAUCCAGAGACACACUCCUCUCCUCAAUCAUGUAUCUUACAGAGAUGAGUUUUUAAAAAAAGCAUCCAUUUCUAUUUUUAAUUUUCAAGUGAAUCAAAGGUUUCAGAGGCUUGCAUGAAGGACUGCAGACACACAUUUUGCAGAUGGAUAUUUGCUACAUAAAACCUCUCCACAAACGCAGGAUGUUACAACUGGAACUGAAGAGCCAGGAUGAGGAGGAAAAUGAAGACGAUGCGAUCAUGUUGUUUAAAAAAUGCUUUUAUAUCGUUAUGAAUUCUAAUUAUUUCUAUUUUCAGCCUUGACUUUACAGUAUAUGUCAGGUAUUCAACUUUCCCUUUUGAAUGGGCAAACAUAAUUGCUUUAAUGAUCCUUUUUCAUGUCAUAUUUUGUGUCUUUUUCAUCCUCUUUUCUAGAAGUCUCGAUCUCAGGCGACAAGAGUUGGCAAAAAGACAAAAAAAUACUAAGAAAGCCGAAUAUUGAAGAACAAACUAAAUGUCACAGGCCACUUUUUUAAGUUAACUUGCAUAGUAAAUAUACAGAGAAGCUAUAUUUUUAACAUGUGUCAGAAGCAUGAUUGGUUAGUGAAUAGGGGGGGGGGGGGGGGGGGGGGGGG